CUUGGUAAGUUUCCGCAAAAUCGCAACCACCACCACAACAACACCACGAUUCCCGAUCCCAACCACCUUUGCGACCUCGACAACACAUCGCAAAAAUGGCGACGGAAUUGACUGUUCAGUCGGAGCGUGCUUUCCAGAAGCAGCCCCAUAUCUUCCAGAACUCCAAGGUCAAGGCCAAGUCCACGAGACCCGGCAAGGGUGGUCGACGAUGGUACAAGGAUGUCGGUCUAGGCUUCCGAACCCCCAAGACCGCGAUUGACGGCAGCUACAUCGACAAGAAGUGCCCCUUCACUGGUCUCGUCUCCAUCCGUGGCCGUAUCCUGACCGGCACCGUUGUCUCCACCAAGAUGCACCGAACCGUCAUCAUUCGACGCGAGUACCUCAAGUUCAUCCCCAAGUAUGCCCGAUACGAGAAGCGACACAAGAACUUGGCCGCGCACGUCUCUCCCGCUUUCCGUGUUGAGGAGGGUGACCAAGUCACAGUCGGCCAAUGCCGACCUCUUAGCAAGACUGUCCGAUUCAACGUUCUUCGUGUGCUUCCCCGAACCGGCAAGGCGGUGAAGAAGUUCAGCAAGUUCUAAGUUGGGGAUCUUUCCUGGGCAUCGAUGGCGUUGUUACUUCAUGGUUCUUCACGAUCUCAGAUACGGAACGGGUGAUUCAUAGGCUUUCUGCUAGUGCACAGAGAUGCAACAUUGGCAGUUCUGAGAAAUAAAAAGGAUAUACCAGACGCAUCGUUUUGUUUUCCAACGGCGUGAAUAUGGUUUGCUAUAGCUUACCUCUGAUAUACAAGCGACCAGCUUGACAAGGAAUCCUCUAGGAUUUCUUAAUUCUGUUUGCCGAGCCUCCAGGUGGAUCGAGACCGCGGUAUUAUUGGAGGUCCAUUCUGAGUUUGUAUCCGCAAUAGAUUCACUAUGAAAUUCAUCGGUUGCCUACGGUAUCCUGACUGACCGAUUCUUCGCGACCAUUAGUCUUCGGCUUAUUUGACUAGGACACCUCCUUGCUAGGCAUGUAGGUAGUUGAAUUAACAAGAGAUGUAAAAGAUAUAGUAACACGGGCGAAGUUAUCAAG